AUGGAAUGGACAAAACGUUUGUCCUCAAGUGAUAGGAGCAAUGGAAGUGGCUUCCCUACAGCCAAAACAGCUACUGCCGAUAUUUUCGGGGCUGAUUUUGUUGCCAUGAAUAUUACGUUCUCGGGAUAUCAGGAUACCUUAUGUGCAAACAAAGGGCAUCAAUUCUAUCGUGAGUGUGAGAUCUAUGGGACAGUGGACUUCAUUUUCGGGGAUGCAAAAGCUGUUUUCCAAAAUUCUAUCAUCUUCGCGCGUACACCCCUCAAUGGGAAACAAAAUACUAUCACGGCUCAAUCAAGAAAUAGUCCUACCGACAUAGGAGGAUACGUAUUCCACAAUUGCACCAUUAGAGCUGCACCCAACUUGCAGGGGUGGGUCAAGACCUACUUUGGCCGACCGUGGAGAACCUACUCGAGGGUGGUUAUAAUGCAGUCGGAUAUUCAUCCACUUAUCGAUCCCAAAGGAUGGAUGAAUUGGGAUGUCACUAAACUGGUGCAUAAUCUAUAUUAUGCUGAGUAUGAUAACAGAGGUGCUGGAGCAGACACCUCUAGGAGGGUCGGAUGGUGCAAGUUGUUACAUACUAAAGCUGAGGCCAAUCAAUUUACUGUUAGGAAUUUUAUUAAGGGAAACAACUGGAUUCCUACCCAAAUUCCAUACUUUCAAGAUCUGAUGUGA